AUGAAGGAUGAAUAUGUGGCACAUGUGGGAAGUACAGGUGGUGGUGCUAUCUCAAUUGUGAAAACGAAAGGUAAUAAUAACAGCAGUGCGGAUGAAGAUGAAGAACGAUGUUCCGCUCAAUCUCAUAGGAGGACAGCCGGGCAGCUCCAUCAUUGUUUUUGUAGUUCUUUUGAUGCCGAUGGCAAUACUGGUAGUGGUGGUAGUAACUGA